AUGAACAAACCUCGACAACCGCUCGUUAAAUCCAUCGCACAACAUAAUGCCCUUAAUCAAAAUGUUAAAAAAUCCAACCCGUCAUUAAUUUUUAUCAACACUCACAUCAAUGGAUCACGUUUACGUGCUAUGAUCGAUACCGGUGCUACUCAUUCAUUUAUCACUCAAGGUGCCAUUAGCACAUUAUAUCAUUCAGCCAUACCCCCAUGUGAUCGUAUAGCUCAAUUAGGUGAUGGUCAAACCACGCUUAAAAUAGUAGGUGAAGUUCAACUAUUCUUGCAAUUUAAUAAAAUUUUUACGCCUUUAAAUGUUCUCGUUGUCAAAACAAUGAAUACAGAUUUUAUACUUGGCAGUGAUUGGUGUACAAAAAAUGCAGCAAGAAUCGAUUAUGAAAACAAUCAAGUGUCUAUACGUUCUUCAUGUGGUCGUGUCUUCAUUCCAUAUCACAAAAGCAUUGAUUGCUUAACUUUAGAUGUCAAAUCAAUUAAUGUUAUUCAUAUACCUCCACGUGAAUCAUACUCUGUUCAAGCCAAAGUCGAAUUAUCAUCAGCUGAUACCGUCUACUUCUCACCUGUCGAUUCUAUACAAUCCGAAAAAUCUAUUGUCAUAUCACCUUCGUUGUUACACAUAAAUAAUUAUACCACAUAUUUAGAAGUAUAUAAUCCACAUGAUUAUUCCUACACAUUACCAAUGAAUACUCUUCUAGCUCGAGUAACACAUACACCGUAUGAAAUGCAUUCAUGUUUAUUAUUUGAUACAUUUCGUGAAACUUUGUCGGUAUCGCUUCAACAUCAUAUUUUUAAUACAAUUGAACUAGAGCAAAAACCUUCUGAAACAUCGAACAGAAUUGAUAAAUUAAUUACUCAUAUUAAAAAUGUUCAAGAGCAACAACAAUUACGUUUAAUAUUACAACAGCACAUGAAAAUUUUUGAUAUUUCGAAAAUUACACAAGCCAACACGCAUAUUCAACACACUAUUAACAGCGGUGAUAGCCUUCCGGUUAGCUCACGACCAUAUCCAAGAACCAUCGAACAAAGACGUGAACUUCAAGAUGAAAUCCAAAAAAUGACACAAACAAAUCAAAUUCGUCCAUCCAAUUCCCUUUGGUCAUCUCCAGUUAUUAUUCACAAAAAAAAGGAUGGUGGUAUUCGAUUUUUAGUGGAUUAUCGAAAAUUGAAUUCGGUGACCAAAAAAGACUGCUUCCCUCAACCAACAACUGAGGAUUUACUGCAUCGAUUAGGUGGUCAUCGUUUUUAUACAAAAUUAAAUCUUAAAUCAUCUAAAGCCAACUUUCAAGUUAAUCCUGUUAAAUGUUCCAUUGCUGUUCAAGAAAUCGAUUUUUUAAGCCAUACAAUCAAUGAACAAUGCGUUAAACCUAAUGGUGAUAAAAUUAAAGCUAUUGUCGAUUUACCAACUCCAAAAACACUUAAAGAAGCAAAUGAAUUUUUAGGGAAAAUUAAUUGGUAUCGAAAGUUUAUUCCUAAUUUUGCCCGUAUAGCCGCACCAUUACACAAAGUUACCAAUAAAACAAAACAUCAUCGCCAUGAAUUUAAAUGGGGACCUGAUCAACAACAGUCAUUUAAUGAAUUUAAACGUCUUCUGACAACAUAUCCAUUAUUUUUAGAAUAUCCAGAUUCAUCAACUCCAUUUGUUUUAACAACUGAUGCAUCAAAUAUUGGAAUAGGUGGAAUUUUACGACAAGACACACCGAAUGGCACAAAAAUUAAUUAUUUUAAAUCACGUAUGUUAGAUGAUACCGAACGUAAAUAUGAUACAAUUGAACAAGAAGCAUUAGCUAUUUUUUGGUGUCUGUCUGAACUUCGAUCAUAUAUAGGUGAUUCAGAUUUUAUUAUUGAAACUGAUCAUAAACCACUUGAAAAUUUUCAUAAGAAACAAAUCAA